AAAAAAGAGAGGUGCUCGCCCGAGUGACUAUUACCGCGAUCCACUCCAGGCAUCCAUCCCACGGGUGAUUGUGCUUCUAUAAGAUGGGCGAUCUUCGUCGUGGGUUCUCCUCAACUUCCAGUCCUGCUCACCCACAGCUCGUCCCCCACCCUCGUCGCGUUCUUACACUUAAAUGCUUUACCUAUAUACCGAGGUAGUUAUACUUCGAAAAAACGGCCAACGCGAGCUCUCUCAGGAUGAAGCUCUCUGAGGUCUUGCCGACCAUAGCCCUCGCCGUCUCCGCAGCGGCUUCUCCCACCCGGCCGCCCUGCCUCAGGGACGAGUUCCGCUGGGUCGACCUCCCGGCGAUCGGCGGCGGCGUGCCGAUCCAGGAGCAGGGCACCGCCGCGACCGACUCCCACAUCUACCUGCUCGGCGGCAUCCCCCCGAACGCCAGCAACUACCAGGCCGCCGUGCCGUCCACCAGCCGGUUCGAGGCCUACUCGCUCGACGACGGCACCUGGCAGACCCUGCCCCCGAUCCCCAGGGCCUUCACUCACACCAACGCCGCCGCCGUCGGCAGCAGGGUCUACGUGCUCGGCGGGCUCACCGGUGACGGCGCCGACAAGAUCUGGCGCGCGUCGGGCGACUGCUUCGUGUACGACAUCGCCGCGGGCACCUGGGCCGCGCUGCCGCCCAUGCCAGCCGGCCAGGCCCGCGGCGCCGCGGCGGUCGCCGUGCUCGGCGCGACCAUCUACCUCGCUGGCGGCAUGGAGCGCCUCGAGGUGAAGGAGGGCGGGGCGCAGACCUCGCUCACGCUGGUGACCGCGUACGACACGGCGGCGGGCACGUGGACGGCGCUGCCGGCGCUGCCGGCGCCGCGCGACCACGCGGGCGCCGCCGUCGUGGGGCGCGCGCUGUACGUCGUCGGCGGCCGCGACCGCGGCCAGCCCAACGUCCGCAACACGACCUGGACGCUCGACCUCGCCGCGCCGCGCCGCACCGCCGGCGGGUGGACCGCCCGCGCCCAGAUGCCGACGGCCCGCGGCGGCCUCGCCGUCGGCGUCCUCGGCCAAGGCGCCUACAUCGCCGCGCUCGGCGGCGAGGGCAACCCCGACCCCGCCUCCAGCGGCGUGUUCAACGAGACCGAGGUCUACGACGUGCGCCGCGACACCUGGGCCCGGCUGCCCGCGAUGCCGCACCCGCGCCACGGCACCGUCGCCGCCUCCGCGCGCGACCGCGUCUACGUGCCUGGCGGCGGCGUGCUCAUCGGCGCCGGCCCCGUCGACACGUUCGACGCGCUGGAGCUUGUGAGGUGUUGAGGCUGAUGGUUGGCUUACGAACUACGACAGUUAGCUUUCUCUAUUAGAUGUAGCGGAGGUCCACGUCAAAGGCUUCUGCAGCCUCGGAUAUGUAUUACUUAGAACAUCCCAACUCGUAGACCUACUUUAUUAUAGGUAAUUGUUCGCAUCUCGUUAGGGUACGAGGUCUCUUACUGGGAUACUCUGUGAAUUCUUAUGUGUUUAACCCCAACAACAUCUAUUACUCAACUCGUCUCUUAGGCGGUUCCAUCAUAUUGCGUGCCUUCAGUAAUAUUACCCGUCCCCCUUGCCCCUAAGCCCCUAAUAUUCAUUACGCCUUGAAGUCUGUCAAUUCGAGAUUCCUUC